GCAGCGGCAGCAGCCGCAGCCGCACCAGCGUACGAGAGCUGUAAAAUAAUCUAGGCCAAAAUAUCUCUCUGGCCCAGGGCCCCCGCAGUUUAUUAGACUAGCGGUGAAUUUGUACCGAGAGAUCCCCAGCUGCCGCUCCGCGAGAAGAUCUAGUAGUGGAUGGAUGGAUGGAUGGAUGAAGGCCCGAAUGACUGAAUGAAUGAAUGAAAGCGAGCAUGGAUUGUCAAGCCCUAAUAAAGCAAUUCUCCAGCGUAUUAAAAUUGUGGAACAUGAGAGAGAGAGAGAGAUUCACUUAAUUCUCUCUCUCUUCGAUCGGCGCAGGUUUGUUAGUGAUAUCGGAUCGAGAGAAAAUCUUUAAACAAUCACGCAUUCCACUUUUGGGCGAUCUGACGAAUCUGCACAAUCCAUUAGGGCGCAAGUGGAAGGGUUGCGCUGCGCAUUAUGCGUAAUAACACUUAAGGUCGGUGUCACUUUUCAUCAUUUCGUCUCAUAAGUAAGAUUCGUUCUUUCUACUUUUGGCGAUUCGAAAUCUCAACGACUUCACGAAGGGAGAGAUGGAAAACAAGAAGAGGGCUAGGACGAGGAGAAAGAGGUGGAGGAGGGGCGAGGGAGGGAGGAGUACUAGCCCCCAGUCCGCUUAGGACCACCAUGAGCAUGAGCGCACGCUGCAGCAGGGCAGGCAGGCAGGCGGAAUGAAAUUCCUCCCUGGCGCCUAUCAUAAUCACCUUCCAACGAUCGAUCGACCGAUCAAUCAAUCAAUCAAUCCAUCCAUCCCAUGGAAUUGAUCGAUCGUCUGCGGUGUGUACCUGAUUGCCACGUUCAAUUGCGGAGGGAAUGAAUGUCUUGCCCUCUGGUACAGGCAAAAUCCCCACCUGUAGCAUCUUCUUUAAAAGCCCCACUUCUCCCUUAUCCCAUCCAUAUCCAUGCCACCCCCCUUCUACCGCAAAGAUUCCCAUCUUUGACUGCGUCCGAGAUUGGACGGCAUAGGCAGCUGCCACUGAUGGCAAAAGUGCAGGCAUGUCAUGCUUGGACUCUCCGACUCCGAUCUUCUUUCUCCUCCCUUCCUGCUUCGGCUCAUCUUUCUUUACCCUCCCGAGUCCCGAGUCCCGCAUCCCCACUGUUUGAUUGUGAUUAGGCCUUCCUUACCUUUUCCUGCUUGAGUUUCAAUGCUGCUCCUAUUCGAGGCUGUACUUUCGUCCCCAUCGCCGGCUAAUUUACUGUUCUCAGCGGGUUUUCAUGUUGACUUGAGUUCGCUUGUACAUGUGGUCGUACCUCCUGCUCCGCAGUUGUUGCUGGGUGGUUCAUAUCUGUGCCAAUCCUGCAUUAUCUAUUUGGUUUCCGUUCACUCCAUCCCGUUCCAUUGCCCUUCCAUUGCACUGCAGGUCUAGAUCGCAGAUCAUAUCUCUGAACAUAUCUCAUGAGACGAUCUUCAGCAAAUCUUUUGCAAGUAUUGAUCCAUGCCAAGGAUGCCAAGCAGGAAAGUGAAGCUUUCUUCUUCGUUCAUUUUAUUGGACUAGGAAGAAAGACUAUCGAGGACUAUGAUCUCCGCCUGAUGGAUACAAGUGGAGAAUCAGCUUCAGCCAAGCAUGCUUUCUGAGAUUCUUUCAGAAAGACAAGAGAUCUGAACUGUUUAAUCUUCUCUUCCCCUCUCGCGGAUCGUCAUUUACACACUUUUUUACACGAUGUUAUAAACAGAUUGCGAUUUUCUUUAGCUAAAAUUGUAU